AUGGUGGUGGAUCUAUCUGACGCCUCUCCUAUUGGGCGAAUGGCGUCUAAAAACGCGCGAGAACUCCUACUGGGGCAGUGCUUUAAUACGGCGAUUGAGGAUAGUACGAAUACGAUAUUUAUGAUAUUCGGCGACGAUCUGGUUGUAAGUGAAGAGGCGGUGAAUUCUAUCGUACGAGUAAUUGAACCCGGUAGUAAUGAUGAUCGGCCGAUAAAACGCCGGUAG